GCAGAUCGUGUCUACGGCAUUAAACUUGUCAAAUCUGUGCGUGCCAACAUCAAGCCAACAUCUGGCAGCGGCAACAGCUGAUCCAUACAGUACAGCAAAAUGGCCAGACAGGUCAGGGAAACCUCCAAGAUUUUGUGUCGAAUGUCAACUAUGGAUUGUCAGUUCAAGAGAAUGAUUGAUAAAUUUUUGUGGAUAAAUUUGCACGAAAAACCAAUCCUCAACGCCAUGGGAUUUUUUGUAAUUUCACGAAAGUCUGUUUUCCAGUGUUUGGCUUUUAUUAUAAGCAUAAUGUUGGUUCUGGUGCAAUUUAAGGAAAUGGAAAGUGUCACGGAUAAUCAAUCCUGAGGGGUUAAUGAAUUGUAGUAAACAAAUCAUGUGUUUUAAAAACAUUUAAUGUCAAUUGAUGGUAGUACUUAAUCAAAAUUU